AUGGCGAUGAUGAUGACUGGCCGUGUGCUGCUGGUGUGUGCCCUCUGCGUGCUGUGGUGCGGCUUAUGUGGAGUUGCGGCCGAUGAUGUUUAUGUUCCUCCUGGUGAUAGUGGAACUUCCGGCAAAAAUGGAGUUGGGGUUGGUGUUCAGCCUCCUGUCCUAUCUGAGAGUCCUGGUGCUAAUGAGGAUCCAACGGAUAAAGAUACUGAGGAAAGUGAAGGUGGUUCCCUGGAGUCUGACGAUUUGGACGGCCAAUCUUUACUUACCGAAACUGUUAAGGAUGGUGUGGUGGCAGAUGUCUCUAAGGACGGUUUACCCCGUCAAGAAGAGGGCACCAUAGUUACACCGGGUCAGCCGGAACCAGUGCCUCGUGUUGAAUUGCCGUCCGAAGCAAAGGCAACAAGGCCACUCGCUCCGAAUCCACAGGAACAGCUGCCCAAAACACCAACGGAAGAUGAGCCCCU